AUGUCAUUCGUAAGUAUCCCUGUUCCUGAUAAGCUCAAACCUUCCCCGACUAAAAAGCGCAAGAAGGGUUGCCGAGAACCCACAAUCGAAGAGGACGCGGAUGAAGUUGCUAGCGGCAGUGAAUCCUCGGAGGAUGAGUCUUUGGAAGCACAUACAAUGUCAUUUGACGACCCCGAGGACGCGAAGAGCUUCUACAACGCAUACCGCCCCCGCUCGAGCGACGAGCCCGACCUGUGGAUAUUCACCGCCAAAGACCUGUCGAUCAUGGAAACCCUAGACAGAAAACUCCAGAAGCGCCCAGUUUCAAUACGUGAAGACCUUGCCGGGUAUUAUCCUGGCAUAUCGAGCACUAUGAAGUUGAAACUCGACUACAUGUCCCAGCACCCUGAGGUCUCCGCUUGUGGUGAUGCUCAGACCAGAAUCGCGCUUGUCGGAGAGAACGACGACGAGCAGGCUAUAGAUCACGAAGAAUUCGAGAGUCUAGAUGCGGCAAUUGUCGUUGAUGUACCUUUAUAG